GUGUGUUUGCGGGUUGGGCGGGGUUGAUGGUGAGUUGAAAAAGAACUUGAUCUUUUGGCUCAACUGGUUUUUCGGAAUCUGGACGUGGGAGUGCCCUCAUACCGGACUCUGUCUUCCUGUCAGUGUGCCUCCAGCUCUCUCCCCGUCAGUCUCGCCUCUCUGUCCUCAGCAGAAGCACAAGUCUCAACGGCAACAUGUUUCUGGCAAAGACUUUUAUCAAAGGCAUCAUUAAUGUCGUGAGCGACGUCGACCCCGCUCAGUUUAUCCCUUCAGACCCCCCUCCCCCUCGCGCACCUCUGAACUUCGCCAAGGCUCAGGAGAACGAUGAGGAGAAACAGUUUCGGAGAGUUUUCAAACAGCUGGCUGGAGAUGACAUGGAGGUGAGCCCCAAUGAGCUGAUGGAAAUCCUUAACAAAAUCAUCUCCAAACAUGGAAAGCUGAAGACUGACGGUUUCAGCAUCGAGUCUUGCAGGAGCAUGGUUGCUGUCAUGGACAGUGACAGCACCGGGAAACUGGGCUUCCACGAGUUCAAAUACCUCUGGAACAACAUCAAGAGAUGGCAGGCUAUCUAUUUAUCCCAUGAUGAAGAUGGUUCAGGUGUGAUCGGCUCUGAAGAGCUGCCGAAAGCCUUCAGUGCUGCAGGUUUCCCUCUGAAUGACCAGCUCUUCAAGAUGAUUAUCCGUCGCUAUAGCGAUGAGCAUGGCAACAUGGACUUUGACAAUUUCAUUGGCUGCCUGGUGCGACUGGACGCCAUGUGCAGAGCCUUUAAGACCCUGGAUAAGGACAACAGCGGCUCCAUCGACCUGGACAUCAAGGAGUGGCUUCAGCUGACGAUGUAUUCAUGAAGCGACGGCGGGAAGCAGCUCCACAACAGAAACUUCUCUUCUUUCAUCUCGUUCCUCACUCCCUCUUCAGUCCACUCAUUACACCUGUGUGUGCUUACGGAUGUGCAAUAGUGUUUGAAACCCCACCGUCUCCAUGGUAACGGGACCAAAAUGCCAGCGUAGAGCUAAAGUCAAGGGAAAAAUCUAACUCGGACCAAAGUUUAGCUGACGCUGCCGCUGCACUACCCUGCUGCUGCCAAGCUGCGGCGCUAUAACACCCUCAUAGAUUUCUAUAUUUUAUGUUUUAAGGCAAAAUUAAAAGUUAUUGAUUUUUAUUAGGCUGAAACUGUUUACGAAAUUGACUCUGAAUGUUUAAGAGAAUAAAGUGACAUAACUUACA